CAGUCGGGGUGCCGUGAGUGCGCGCGAUCCUGAAUGUCUGCGAUUAGGCACCAAGUGAGCCCAAAGAAAGGGGAGUUGGAAAAUAACCAGUUGCCGUUCUGGAAGACGGCGUGCGGCCACCAGAAUCGCGGAUGGCCUGGCCAGGAUUGCUUUUUUGAAAAUUAUUGUUAUUAAUUAACGGGACUCUAGCAGCCAGCACAGUGCCUGGCACAGGCUAUCGCCACCUUGAUGGCUGGCUUCAUCGUUGUGAUUCUUUCAAUCUAUGAUGAUGCCAUUCAGUCUGGCCCCAGCAUGAAUACAGGUGUAACAGACCUACACCCGGCGCACAGCGUGGAGCCAUGCUCAGUCAGCCCAGUCCGAGGAGGAGCCACCCAGGCACUCAAGAGAAAGAAGAGGUUUGAGAAGCAGCUCACCCAGAUUGACGGCACGCUGUCCACCAUCGAGUUCCAGAGAGAGGCUCUGGAGAACUCGCACACCAACACCGAGGUGCUGAGGAACAUGGGUUUUGCAGCCAAAGCCAUGAAAGCCGUCCAUGAAAACAUGGAUCUGAAUAAAAUAGAUGAUCUGAUGCAAGAGAUCACGGAGCAGCAGGACGUUGCCCAAGAAAUCUCAGAAGCAUUUUCUCAACGGGUUGGAUUUGGUGAUGACUUUGAUGAGGAUGAGUUGAUGGCAGAACUUGAAGAACUGGAGCAGGAAGAAUUAAAUAAGAAGAUGACAGGCAUCCGACUUCCAAAUGUGCCUUCCUCUGCCCUGCCAGCACAGCCUGACAGGACGCCAGGCAGAACGGCGGGCCUGCCGUCCACGGCGCAGCGUUCCCGAGCAGCAUCUUCCAGGAGGGCAGAGGAAGAGGAUGAUGACAUCAAACACUUGUCAGCUUGGGCUACUUAAAUUAAAACGGAAUUUUUGGACACCUAAGUGAAUGAGCUGUACAUAGGACAUAAAAAAAAAGGUUUUUUUUGCCAAGUUCCGACGUUAACAAAGACCCUGUUUUAUAUUUACACUGGAUGAAUAAUUGUCUUUGAAGUCUCAUAAGUGAAAGUUCAAAAAAGGAGUCGUGUCUGACAGAACCAGGGAUGAAAAGGGACUUCCUGGCGGCAUCUUGGGGGAUGUCUCCAUUUGACGGGAGCGACACUCCACCUUGCUCACGACUGUUUUUCAGUCCUGGCCCUUACUUGGUGCUCUCCACACAUGUGUUGAAAGGAGACAGGAUCCUCUUCAUAUACAAAACAUGUAACAGUUUAUAAGGCACUUCGGAGGGAUGCGUUUAGGAGAGCUGGGUGAAUAACUUUGUGUCCUUUGCAAAUCCAAGUGCGUGGUGGGGCGUCCUCUUUGGAAGACACGAGCCCACGGUCGGUGUAAACACGCCAGGUCUCUCGGAGGAGAGGUUUUCUGUAGAGAAGGCUGGUGCGAAUAUCUACACACACAGUUCCACUUGAGUUUUGCCAUUUAAAACCUUAAAGGAGCUCUAAUUGACAUUUAUUAUGCCAAUUAAGCUGGGAAUGGGGCAUUGGAUGCAUUUCCCCAAAUGUCUGAAAGCGCAAACAGCUUACACCGCUGAGCGAGAGCCCCCUGGGUGUCAUUUAGUCACUUGGGGAGCCGUGCGAACACUCCCAGGCCACUGCGUGAGUCUUCAUGGUCUCCCGUUUUGUGCUCCCUUGUACAUUCAUUUACACUUUAUGGCAUAUUCCUUGUAAACACAUUAAAAAAAAACAACAGAGGCAAUUAAAAGUAUAUCUUGAAUAACGUUUUGGCCGUCAUUAUUUUUAAAUGAAAGCCAAUUACCAAAUUGUGUAUCGCCCAUGAUAUGUCAUGGACCAUAAAAUGACAAAUGUCUCUGUAUAAAAUGUUCUAGUAUUCCCUCCGUUUGCUUAGCAACACGGUGAAGGAGAGAGCGCGCUAGACCUGGAGGUAGGGGUCCUGCCUUCCCGCCCCCGGUCUGCUGCAAACGCAGUGCAAGGAGGCAGGUCGUACUCUGAGGCUUCGUGUCUUUAUUGGGACAUCUAAGGGCUGGACUUGGUGAUCUCUAAUGGUUCCAUCCUGCCACGGGCCUUAGCAGUCUCUCACCCUCCACAGCACAGAUCCGUAAUCUUACAGAUGUCUUAAACCUUCGUUAAAAUGUCUGUCAUCUUGAGAAGUUUUCUUGAUUGCAUAGACUAAAUCAGGUCUCCCUGUCAUAUGCGUUCAUGAUGCUCUACCUUCUCUCCUGUCGCCUAGCACAGCUGAUAUUGCAUAACUACUUGACUUAUUACUCAGUGAUGUUCUUCCUUGC